GUCGACACGCUGAACGACCUGCGCGGUUGCCCGAGGCUCGCCGAGUUGUACCUCCGGAAGAACAACGUCCGGGACUUGGCGGAGGUGCAGUAUUUGUGCAACCUCAGGCACCUCAGAGUGCUGUGGCUCAACGACAACCCUUGCGCCAACUUGCCCCAUUACCGGAUGUACAUCCUGCAGCGCCUGCCCAGCCUGGGGAAGCUGGACUCGCAGGAGGUGACCGCCGACGAGCGGCGGGAGGCGCAGUACGCGAACCUGGCAGACGUCCCGACCCGUGUGGACGACGACAGCGAAGAGUCUCCAAGGGAGGAAGGCUACCCCGCCGCGGAGGCGUUCGACGACUUCCACGGAGUCGAGUCCGCCGUUGCGGGGCUCUCCAGGAAGCAGGAGCAUGUGCAGAAGGCCCCGCUCCGUGCGGGGCAGCUUCUGGCCGAUCGGGCGUCGGACCCCAGUUUCAGCCUGCGCCGCGCCGCCCGCGACGUCAACGCGCGCGCCUUCCAGGCAGCGCGGGGCGCGUGCGAUCGCGACGACGCCCUCUUCCUGGUCUUUCGCGCGCUCUGCGCCAGCCCGUCGUAUCUGCGCGCGCCAGCGAGGCCGGGGGCCCUGGCCGAGCUGCGCGGCGUGCCGGGCGCCGGCCGCGGCGGCCGCGGCCGGCGCCAGCGGUCGCGCAGAGGAACCACGCGGCUUGUGAACCUAGGUCCCAGGUGCAAUUGCGCGCGCCUCGGCGCGUACGCGGCAUCCGUCUGCGCGAAGGGAUCGCGCGCACCGCACGAGCGCGCCGCCGCAGCGAUGCGCAAGCGGUGUUCCCGACGUGACAGCGCCCAGAACCGGCAUCCUCGCGACCCUUUCCACGUUGCAUGCCGGCUUGUCAUGACACUGCGAACGUUGGCGCCGUAG